AGGGACUUGACUCACCUCUUAGUGUGCUCCACUGCUCUGACUAAUCUCCCCCUCUCUCUUCCUCUGCUCCCCCUAAACUUAAAUCAUGGCAUCCACCUUCCGUACUGGAAGUACUCGUUUGUCUGGUAGCCGUAAAGGAGGGCAAUCAGUAGGGCAAUCAUUUUCCUCAAGGUCCUAUUCUAGUGGCUCAUAUGGCACCGCACGUGCUUCAGGGGGUCCAGUGUCUAGGGGAAGUAUGUAUAGCUUUUCCAUGAGUGGCAGCGGCGGCGGGGGCGGCGGGGGCGGCGGUGGCGGUAGUAGCUUCGGCAGUGGUUUUGGAUCUGGAGGUUAUGGUUUGGGUGGAGGUUAUGGUGGUGGUGGCGGUGGCGGUGGAGGUUUUGGUAGCGGUGGAGGUUUUGGUGGCGGUGGAGGUUUGGGUGGUGGUGGUGGCGCUGGAGGUUUCGGUGGUGGUGGCGGUGGAGGUUUUGGGGGUGGAUGUGUUCCAAUCACAGCAGUCACAGUCAACCAGAGCCUACUGGCCCCCCUGAACCUUGAGAUCGACCCCAACAUUCAGACUGUCCGAACCCAGGAGAAAGAACAGAUCAAGACUCUGAACAACCGCUUUGCGAGCUUCAUUGACAAGGUUCGUUUCCUGGAGCAGCAGAACAAAAUGCUGGAGACCAAAUGGAGUCUGCUGCAGGACCAGACCACCAGCCGCUCAAACAUUGACGCCAUGUUUGAGGCCUACAUCGCCAACCUGCGCAGACAGCUGGAUGGACUUGGCAAUGAGAAGGUGAAGUUAGAGGGAGAGCUGAGAAACAUGCAAGGACUGGUCGAAGACUUCAAGAACAAAUAUGAAGAUGAAAUCAACAAGCGUGCUAGUGUGGAGAAUGAAUUUGUCCUCCUCAAGAAGGAUGUAGAUGGUGCCUACAUGAACAAAGUCGAGCUGGAAGCCAAAGUCGAUUCCCUUCAAGAUGAGAUUAACUUCCUCAGAAGUGUCUAUGAGGCUGAGCUGCGUGAGCUUCAAGGCCAGAUCAAGGACACAUCUGUCAUUGUGGAGAUGGAUAACAGCCGCAACCUGGACAUGGAUUCGAUUGUGGCAGAAGUCAGGAGUCAAUAUGAAGACAUUGCCAAUCGCAACCGUGCAGACACAGAGGGGUGGUAUAAACAAAGGGUCACAGAGAUGCAGUCCACAGCAAAUCAGUCUGGAGAUAGCCUUCGCCAGACAAAGAGCGAUAUUGCUGAACUCAACCGUAUGAUUAGCCGCCUCCAGAAUGAAAUUGAGGCAGUCAAAGCACAGCGUACAAACCUGGAGGCUCAGAUUGCUGAGGCUGAGGAGCGUGGAGAGCUGGCUGUGAAGGAUGCCAAGGCCCGCAUGAGAGACCUGGAAGAAGCCCUGCAGAGAGCCAAACAAGACAUGGCCCGCCAGGUCCGUGAAUACCAGGAGCUCAUGAAUGUCAAGUUGGCUCUGGACAUCGAGAUUGCCACCUACAGGAAACUUCUGGAAGGAGAAGAAUCCAGAAUUGGCAGUGGUGGCGGAGAGGCAAUCAUCCACAUACAGUCCUCAACCACCAGUUAUGGUGCUAGCAGUGGAGGAGGCGGCGGCGGCUUUGGAGGCGGCGGCGGCGGCUUUGGAGGCAGCAUGGGAGGAGGCAGCUUUGGCAGCGGCAGCGGAUUUGGUGGUGGCGGCGGCGGCGGCGGCAGCUAUGGCGGCGGCUAUUUCGGCGGUGGCAGCGGCGGCUAUGGCGGCAGUAGCAGCGGCGGCGGCUAUGGCGGUGGUAGCAGCAGCAGCGUGAUCAGCUCAAGGACCUCCAUUCAACGCCAUUAAAACCAGCCACUGUCUUCUCUCCUCAUUUCGUUCGCUUCCUCAUGUAUGCUUUAAACCAUUUCCACAAAGCUCUGCACCGCUUUACCUGCAGACACUGAGCAGCCUUAGUUGUGAGUCAGUUCUCUUCUUUCAUCAGUCAGCCAGGUUGACUUUUGGUUUGCUGGAUGUGCUCUUGUGUAGACAAGGAGGAUGUUUGUAGUGUCAUGACAAAACCUUUGUUUUUCAUUAGGCAAGAGUCAUUCCACACAAAACGACAACUGCAGUACAGAGAUGUGCACAGUAACAUAUGUGGAUGAUGUGCUCUGUCUUGGACUCACAAAGCUUUCAGUGCAUGCCACCAUAUACUAUUCUCUUGAGACUCCUCUGUUGUCACACAUCUGUCAUAUUCUUUCAACAAAAGUAACCACAUAUAACACUUUAAUAUUUGAGUUUUGGGAUGCUCUCAUAGAAACGGUGUUUACGCCUUUAAUUUCACUUUCGCUCUGAAUAAAAGUAAAGUUUAGGCUGACUGUGGUAACCAGAUUUAUUGUGAAAUUGUACCAUCAAAAUAUUUGGAAUAAAUCUGUGUUCAUAUUUGGCA